AUGUCUAAAUAACAUGAUAAUCUAUUUUAAAAUAAUAGAUCAUAGAGAGCAGUUAGAACAGAAUAAAACAAUUAAUUUGAAAUUGGGUAUUUGUAACCUACUCUUAAAUAAGUUAAUUCACCUCAUCAAUCAUAAUCUAUUUCACCUAUCCGAAGUCAACAUGAUUUGAGCAUCGAUAACAAAUAAGGAUUAAAUGGCUAUCCUAACAUAAAAAAUGCUGACUAAGUAGAAAUAUUAAAAUAAACAAAAGUAAAUAGAAGCACUUAUCUAAGAAAUAGAGAAACAAAAUACAUGUAUUAAAUAGAAAACAUAAUAAAUAUAAGAGUGUCAAUCUAAAAUUAGUCAGCUCGAUUUGCAUUAUGGUUUAAAAAUUGAAGAACUUGAAACUCAACAUCUUUACUAAAUUUCUUUAACUUAAAAUUAAUUAAAAGAAAAAUAAUAGGAAAAUGCAAAUUUAAUUAAUGAAAUUAAUCAAUUAAAAUCUCAAAAAAAUAAAUAUAAUUUACUAGCUGAAUAAAUUAAUGCAGAAAACUAUUAAUUAAGGGAAUAAAUUAGAAAAAAUUAGAUACUUAAUUCUACAUAAACAGGAGAUUUAGUUGAUGAAUAAUCUUCAAAAUAGUAGAAAUUAGAAAUAAUCUAAAUAAAGCAGUAAAUAAUAAAAUUGAAUGAAAUCAUAAAAAGUUUAGAAGAAUAAAAUAAAUAUUAAGAAGAAGAAUAUAAUCAAAUUUUCAAGGAAAAUUAGUAUUUAAUCAAUAUCCAUAAUAAUUUGACAUAAUAACUUGAAACAUCAAAAAAAGAAUUACUACAAUUAUAAGAAGAAAAAAAGGAAUUUCAAGAUAAGAUGACUCAAAUUAAAGAAGAAUUUGAUAUCUCUUAAGAGUAAUUAAUUUAGUAAUUAUAGUAAGAAUAGAUAGAAAAAUAAUAACUUUAGAUCUAAUAUUAAUAAAAAAUUCGAGAAUUAUAAAAUAUUUCCACACAACUAGAAUCAAAUAUUUAAGAAACUUAGUAGAUCUCUUCUUAGUACAAUCAAUAUUCUUGGAAGAUUAGUUUACUUGAACAAUAAGAAAAAGAUCUAUAAAAUCGAAUUGAGCAUUAAACUACUCAAAUCUCUUAAUAAAGAAAAACUAUUAGUCUUCUUGAAUAAAAUUUAUAAAACUCUUAGAAUACUGAAAUUCAAUACUAGCAAUUAUUAUAAAAUUAUAAUAGUAUUAAAGAAUAAUUUUAACAAUAUUCAACAUCAGAGCAUAACAUUUCAAAUAUCUCAUCAGGAAUUCAAUAGUAAUUAUUGAUAACAUAAAAAUAAUGCCAUGAAUAAUAAACUAAAAUAGAAAAAUUAACUGUUAUGUUGAAAAAUAGAUUAAAUGAAAUAGAAUUAUGGAAAAAUAAAUGCUAUGAAAAUAAUUCAUAAUAAUAAAAUAGAUAACUCUUGGAUUAACUUAUAUAAGAUAAUGAAAUAUUAAGAUAAAAGUAAAUUUUAUUUAUUCUAUUUAGAUGUAAUAUAUUAGAAAUAAAUAUUAAAGAAAAUAGCAAUCCAUUUCAAUCUUAAGAAAUUAAUAAAUUGAACUUAAUAGUAAAAUUUUCACUUAAAAUAGAUUAAACAAUAAUAAGAUAAAAUUAUACAAUAAUAAUUAAUUUUAGAAAAUCAAAAAAAAUAAAUGAGUAGUCCAAAAAAUUAAAAAACAUUUACAACAGAAAUAAAUGUAAAAGAUUUCAAUCAAAAAAAUAAGCAUAAUUGA